ACAGAGCAAGGUAGAGAGGGAGGGAAGGAGGACAGGGAGAGAGGGAGGGGCAUGCAGAUAAAGAACAGUGCACCAUUUGGGAGCUCUGCGCCCUCGCUUAAACGCUCUCACCUCUCCCCUCUUCCUCCCCUCCCUCCCACCAACACCAUAACCACAGCCAUCUCUCUCUAGUGCGUGCACCACCAGGACCCUCGCCAUGAUCCCAUGAACGGCAAGAAGAAGGGGAGAUAGAUAGUUUGGUAGGAUACAUAGGAGCUAGGUAGGAAGUAGCGGAGCAGCAGCAGGGGCGGCAGUAGGGAUGUACAAGAACCAGCUGCAGGAGCUGGCGCAGAGGAGCUGCUUCAGCCUGCCGUCGUACGUGUGCACGCGCGAGGGGCCCGACCACGCGCCGCGCUUCCGGGCAGCCGUCACCUUCAACGGCGAGACCUUCGAGGGCCCCAGCGGCUGCACCACGCUCCGCCAGGCCGAGCACGCCGCCGCCGAGGUCGCCCUCGCCCGCCUCUCCCUCCGCGGGCCCUCCACCUCCCUCGCCGCCCGGGUCCUCGAUGAGACGGGGGUGUACAAGAACCUGCUGCAGGAGACCGCGCACCGGGCGGGGCUGAAGCUGCCGGCGUACACCACGGUGCGGUCGGGCCCGGGCCACUCGCCUGUGUUCGCCUCCACCGUCGAGCUCGCCGGGAUGAGCUUCGCGGGCGACCCCGCCAGGACCAAGAAGCAGGCUGAGAAGAACGCCGCCAUGGCCGCCUGGUCCUCCCUCAAGCAGAUGCCGGAGGCGCGCAAGGAGCCAGGCGCCGGCACCGGCGAGGAGCAGGAGCACGUGGUCGUCGCCAGAGUGCUCGCCGCGCUGAAGCCACGUGUCGACAGCGACGGCAAGGGCUCUUCUCCCUCUGCGCUUCCGAACCCGUCGCUGUACAGACACCAAUGGCGGCCUCGGAACACCCCUGCUCAGCCGCGGGCGGUCCCCAUGCAGCCGGCCGGCCCCAAGAUACUGCCUCCCCUGCACCUGCUUCAGCAACAGGCGUCGAGCUCCAGGGACGCCGCGGCCGUCGAGCUGGUGCGGCUGCUGGAGAGGGCCAUGUUGAGAGACAGGGCCGCGGAGGCAAUGCCGCCGUCACCGUGCUACUACGCGCCUGCCUCGGCGUACCACCACGGCGGCGCGCCGAGAUCCUUCGCCGCGGGCGGGUUCCACGCACCGGCAGUGAGCGUGCGGUCAGUGAUCCCCGUGUGCGCCGCUCCGCCGCCGCCGCCGCCUCCGGCGGCCAAGAAGUUGGAACGGAAUGGACCAGCAACAGGAGCAGAAGCUGGAAAGAGAGUGUGAGCCUCAUGGCAGCCUUUGAAGUGCAAGAAGAGGCGAAGAAAUUAGUAGCUAUAUACGAGUCUGGAUCUUGGUUCUUGCAGGGGAAUUUUGAUCGCAACUUUUUCUGUACCAAAAGUUAUGUACGAGGUCAACUACGCAUC